AUGGACGGCAACAACGGCGACCGCGGCCUCUCCUUCCUCGGCGGCGGCGGACACAACAAGCCGCACAAGAAAGAGAGUCUCCUGGAGAAGCUCGAGCACAAAGUCGAACAGAAGCUCAUGGGCGGCAAGCACGGACACAGCGGCAGCAACCAGUACGGCUACGGAGGCGGCGGCCCGUCACCGUCGGCGCAGCAGGGCGGCUUCUAUGGCGGCGGCCCUGGCGGAUACGGCGGAGGCCCUGCGCACCAAGGCGGCGGAUGGAAUAGCCAACCUCAGCAGCACCAGCAGGGAGGACCUGGGGGUGGCCACGGCCCUCAUGGGCAUCACCAGGGAGGCGGCAGCUUCGGCGGUCAGUCUGGAGGCCUGCUCGGCAUGGGAGCGGGCAGCGGCCACCACAACCAGCCCCAUUUCGGCGGCGGCGGCGGCAACAACCACAGCUACUACGGCGGAGGAGGUGGGGGACCGGGCGGGCACCACGGCGGAGGACACCACGGCGGGCCGGGCGGCGGUUUCGGGGGCGGCUUCGGGGGACACCAUGGCGGCGGAGGGCCAGGCGGCUUUGGGGGAGGACCAGGUGGUCACGGCGGCCCCGGCGGCGGCGGUCCUGGAGGCUAUGGUGGUGGUGAUUUCGGCGGUGGGCCCGGCGGUGGUGGCUUUGGUCACCAUGGCGGUCCGGGUGGCGGUCCUGGUGGGCCGGGCGGCCCUGGCCGUUGGUGA